AUGGCCAGAUUUUAUAAGACCCCAAUUUCGUCCAGGCAAUUAUUCUCCGUAACUGUCGUUAAUAUGAGAUUUGCAUCCAUCCUAUCAGUAGCCUCUGUUCUUACGGGAGCAUUGGUACUGGCCGCUCCUACCAUUCGCAGUGAUGAACUUGUAGCGAGGUAUGAUCCAGAAUUCAGUGCUGAUGCUGUUAUUAAAAGAUUCAAUGCUAUGGACAGUGACAUGGAGCACAAUGAAAAGAGAGAGUCCAACGAAUAUGUCAACUCUUUUCUUGAAAUGUUGAAUGAAAAUAAUUUAUUACAUGCUUUCAUCGACCAACUUUCCAAAAAGGAAGAUGUGCAAGACACCAUUACUUCCAGCAUCAACGAGGUGUUUGCUAGAGACCUUAGCGACGUGACUUCUCUUGUUGAGACCCUCGCUACUUCUUCGGCUUCCAAGUCUGUAUUGCAAUAUGUUCAAAACCACAAGGAACUUGUUGACGAAGCCAAGACAUAUGCUGCUAAAUAUCUUGAUUCCCACCAAGACUUUGUGACCGAGAUCUUGGGUAAAGUCACUAGUGAGCUUUCCAAUCUCAAGAGAGAAGAGGUGGAGCCCAUUACCAAGAGACAAAACGAAUACCUUACAAAAAUCAUCUCUUCAUUGGCUGCAAAUUCUGGUCUGAUCAAGUCGAUUGCUUCAUCCUUGUUGAACAACUCCACUUUGCGCACGUAUGCCGGUACAUUUCUUCUGUCCGCUAAGAAUAUUGACUACUCCAAAUUAUUUCAAACGGUCAAAAAUUCCGGCAUUGCAACUUCAUUGUUGAACAAAUUGAAAGAUUCGAAAACUUUGCAAGCCGAAUUGGCCAAGUUUACCCAGAACCAAAAGAGAGCAUUGUAUGACUCUGUUGCUCCUUCAGCUUCAGCUUCUGUUUCCAUUACAGUGGCUGCUUCUGCUACUGUUUCUGCUGCUCCAUCUUCUACCGGUGUUCUUGGUGGUCUUCUUGGAGAUCUUUUCGGCGGAAAAGGUUCCACCACCACAGUUAAAGCUACUCCCACCUAUGUUGCUUCUGGUCCUUCUACCACUGCUUCUGCUACUAAAACCGGAGAAGGUUUAGCUGGACUUUUUGCUGGACUUUAUGGUGGUGCUUCAACUAAAGCUUCUGCUACUAAAACCAGUACCACCUCAACAGCUACUGGCAAGGGAUUGGCUGGCUUAUUCGACUCUUUAUUUGACUCCAAUGGUGCUAGCAAGUCUGGAACCACCACCACAAGUGCCAAAGCUACUUCUACCAGCACCGGACUGGGUCUUGAAGGACUUUUCGACGACUUGUUCAAGUCUUAUGGUUCUGGCUCCAACUCUUCUUCCUCGUCCACUUCGUCUCUGAAGUCGGGUGACAGCUUGGGAAACCUUGUGGGUGAUCUUCUUGAUUCUUUCUUGGGUCCUCAUAACUCCACUUCUUCAUCAUCCUCUAAGGGAAGUGGAGGAGACCUUAUUGGUGGACUUCUUGACUUCGGUCUUGGUUUGCUCAAAGAUCUUUUUAGUGGUGAUGGUUCAGGAAAUGGUUUCUUCUCCAAGCUCUUGAACUUUGGAUUUGGUCUUCUCAAAUCUUUGUUUGGCGGCUCUAAUUCAAGCUCUGGUGGAUCAUCUUUCAGCUUGAGUAACUUUAUCCUGGGUCUCAUUGACGAUCUCUUUGGUGGAAGCUCUUCUUCCAGCAAUACUCCUAGCACUGGUGGAAGCUCUUUGGGUUCCAUUUUGAACGGUAUCAUCGAUGCUAUCUUUGGAGGUUCCAGUUCGUCUGGAUCUGGUACUAGCUCUAGUUCUAGUUCCAGUUCCUCCUCUUCUAGUGGUUCCAAGAAAUGUUGUUGCAAGAAAAUUUCUAACCAAAGAAGAGAAGAAAAGAGAGAAUUGAGAAGAAAAAUCAGAAGAAGUGUCAGAGAAUCAUUGAAGAAGAGAGGAAUUUACGACCACGAGGACUUUAAAAAUUUGGUGGAGCAAAUGAAGAAAUAG